AGCAGAAGAAGCAGCAGGUCGGGAAGCAAUGGCGUCGGACCUGGGCUUCGAGGCGACCGAGCUCCGGCUCGGCCUGCCCGGCGGCGGUGGCGGCGAGGGAGGAGACCAGGCGAGGGGCGGCAAGAGGGUUUUCGCCGAGACCAUCGACCUGAAGCUGAAGCUGGAGCCGGCCGGCGAGCAGGCGCCGGCAGAGGAGGAUCGUCGGGCCGACGUGGUCGCGGCCGCGGCUGUGAAGGAGGAGCAGGAGGAGGUGGCGGUUGCCGACGCCGGCGGGAAGAUGAAGCGGUCGCCGAGCCAGAGCAGCGUCAUCACCGUCGCCGCCAUGCCCGACCCCGCCGAGAAGCCGCGCGCGCCCAAGGCGCAAGUGGUUGGAUGGCCGCCGGUCAGGUCGUUCCGGAAGAACAUCCUGGCGGAGAAGUCGUCGCCCGCCGCGGCGUUCGUCAAGGUGAGCAUGGACGGCGCGCCGUACCUGCGCAAGGUGGACCUCAACAUGUACAAGACCUAUCAGGACCUCUCCAAGGCGCUCGAGAAGAUGUUCAGCUCCUUCACCAUCGGAAACUGUGGAUCUCAAGGGAUGAACGGCAUGAACGAGAGCAAGCUGAUGGAUCUGCUCAACGGAUCCGAGUACGUCCCGACGUACGAGGACAAGGAUGGUGACUGGAUGCUUGUCGGUGAUGUCCCGUGGGAAAUGUUCGUCGAGUCAUGCAAGCGCCUCCGGAUAAUGAAAGGAUCAGAAGCUAUUGGCCUUGCACCAAGGGCGAUGGAGAAGUGCAAGAACAGAAGCUGAGGAGAGCAUGAACAGAAUGAGAUGCAAGAAUCAAAAUAUAUAUGACUUUGCUUGCUCAUCCCUGUAUCAUAUCCCCUAUCCUAAGUCUGUAUCUUCUGAUCAGUGAAGUCAUUUUGGUUUGUGAUAUUUUCUGGUCCGGUCAGUCAGUCUCAAGUCUCAUCUUGUCAUAUACAUAAGAAAGAAGAAGCCAAGAACAAGUGUGUUGUAUCUCUA